AUGCCAACAUUUCUUUGCACAGGUUACACUGAUCUCAAACUGGUAAAUGGUUCAGACUCUUGUUCUGGAAGAGUGGAGCUUCAGUAUCUCAGUAAAUGGGGCACAGUGUGUGAUGCAUGCUGGGAUAUGAGAGCUGCCAGUGUCCUCUGUAAAAGGCUGAACUGUGGGAUUGCUGUGUCUGUUGUGGGAUCAGACUGGUUUGGAGAGGGAAGUGGUGAAAUCUGGGCUGAUGUGUUUGAUUGUGACGGGAAUGAAACAAAACUCUCCGAAUGUUCAAUCUCUUCAUGGAGUCGAGCUGAACGUUCUCAUAGACGAGAUGUUGGAGUCAUCUGCUCUAACUCGUCUCUGGCUCUUCAUGAGGGUCUGGUGCGGUUGUCUGGAGAGAGUCAGUGUGAGGGGCAGGUGGAAGUUUUGAUCCAGCAGGUCUGGAGGAAGGUUCUGCUGGACUCCUGGAGUCUCACUGAAUCCUCUGUGGUCUGCAGACAGCUGGGCUGUGGCUCUGUGCUCAACUUCUCGGGCUCCUCUUCAUCCAGUCCUGAACACAGUCAUGAGUGUGUGAUGGGCUUCCAGUGCUCUGGGAGUGAAGCUCAUCUGGGGAACUGCAGCUCUCCACAAACUCUCAACUGCACCACACAACAGCUGUUGAUCACCUGCCUUGGCCGCGGGUCCAUCAGGCUGGUGGGUUCUGGGGGAGACUGUGCAGGGAGGCUGGAGGUUUUUCACAGCGGCUCAUGGGGGACAGUGUGUGACGACUCCUGGGAUAUUAAAGAUGCCCAUGUGGUGUGCAGACAGCUGCAGUGUGGAGUGGCCCUCAGUAACCAGCAGGUACCAGCCUGGUUUGGUCCUGGUUCUGGACCCAUAUGGCUGGAUGAGGUGGAGUGUGAGGGGAAUGAGACGUCCCUGUGGAGCUGCUCUUCUCCAGGCUGGGGAAAACAUGACUGUCUACACAAGGAGGAUGUAGGAGUCGUCUGCUCUGGUGAACAAUAUACUUCAUAUUCAGUUUAUGUAACAUCCAUACUCUGCUUUCUUUUUGUCUGAGAUGUGUGUGUUUUAGCUCACAUUCCUCUCAGACUGCGUGGAGGGCACAACCAGUGCUCUGGGAGGCUGGAGGUGUAUCAUAACGCUGUGUGGGGCUCAGUCUGUGAUGAUCUCUGGGACAUCGACGAUGCUCAGGUGGUCUGCAGGCAGCUGGGUUGUGGAGCAGCACUGAGGGCUGAUGGGAAUUCAGCCUUUGGUGCUGGUGAAGGUGUUGUGUGGCUGAACAGUGUCCAGUGCAGAGGGAAUGAGCUUCACCUGUGGGACUGUCCUCUCUCCCUGAACAGCACCACUGACUGCUCCCACAAAGAGCACGCUGGACUCACCUGUGCAGAUUUGUCAGUGUCCACUACUCCUGCCACAUCAGCAUCACCUUCUGGUCCAGUUUCUCAGACAGUGAGCUCAACAUCAGUCUCUUCUUUACAAACAUGUCCAGAAACUCCCCCAGUCCCCCCAGUGCUGGUGAUUGUACUGGGAGUUGUGCUCGUACUGCUCUUAGUGGCACUGCUUAUACUUAUUAAGCAAAACAGACUCAUGAGGAAAGCUCUUGCUGACUGGUACACUGGACUACACAGGGCUCCAACUGAGGCAGUUUAUGAGGAAAUUUACCACAGACACAAUGACUUAAGAGAGAGUCUUAUCUCUCAAGAACAGCGUUCUGGGUUUGGAGAUGGAGAUUCACUCCUACCAGAACGGCUGAAUGCAGGCACGUCAGACUAUGAGGACAUCGCCAUUAAUGUACCAAUACCCGAUGAGACAGACUACAAACCAGAGGACUAUGAUGAUGUCAUUACCAUUGGACAAAACUGUGCUGCUGAUAAAGUGGACACUCCUGAAAAUUAUGAUGAUGUCAUCAUUAGUGAACAGUGCUCUCAUUGUGAAUCGAAGGAAGGUCAGGAGUAUGAUGAUGUAUGGAGUAUCACUGAAGAAAUGAGAAACCUGUUGGAUUAUGAUGAUGUGGUGGAAGAAUCAGACACUGAAAAAGAAGCUGUAUAACUCAGUGUUUUAUUUUAUUCUAUUGAAG